AUGUCAAUGAAGGAGGUCGAUGAACAAAUGCUGAAUGUACAAAACAAAAAUUCAAGCUAUUUUGUUGAGUGGAUACCAAACAAUGUCAAAACCGCUGUCUGUGACAUCCCACCUCGUGGUCUGAAAAUGGCCGCAACUUUUAUUGGCAAUAGUACGGCCAUACAGGAACUUUUCAGGCGUAUAAGUGAGCAAUUCACUGCUAUGUUUCGUCGUAAAGCAUUUUUGCAUUGGUAUACGGGCGAGGGUAUGGAUGAGAUGGAGUUUACUGAGGCCGAGUCAAACAUGAAUGAUUUAGUGAGCGAGUAUCAACAAUAUCAGGAGGCUACUGCGGAGGAAGAGGGGGAAUUUGAUGAAGAAGAGGAAGAAGCAUAA